AUGGACGACACGGUUGGUCCCGCAGCCUAUGUCCUUUUUGAUGAACUAUACACCAAAGAAAAGGUUUUUCGCUCCAUAAUUACCAGCAACAAAACUCUAAAUAUUCGUCUACUGGGCAGAUUUUCUGCAUUCAAAGCUGAUAGCAAUCUGGUUGAACUGUUGUCCCCAUUUCAAGGUAGUGCUAUUCCUUGCGUUAUCGUCAAUGUAAAAUAUCUAACUGAAAAUCAGAAACAAUGUUUUUCAAGUCAGACAGCUAAUGAACGCUUGAUACAAUUUAUUGGGGAGUUAAGUAUAUCGGAUGAUAAAAAACACUAUCACCUUACAGCGUUUUCAUUUACCUUUAUGGAUGGUGUGAGUUUGGAUUUAUAUAGAACUGUAACAAAGAUAACUCGAAAUUAUAUUGCCUACUUACCGUCUUUGUGA